AGGCUUUAUUUAUUGCUGUAUUGGGGUUUUGUGGUGUUAAGCAGCAUGUUAUGAGGUAAUAUAAAUAUUUUAUUUGUGUCGCAACGUUUGUUUUAUUUGCAAUGUGCAUUUAGCUGGCGUUUAAUUAUCUCAAAACCAGUCAAUACUGCUGCUGCUUGCUUGGGACUGAGGCUGAAUCUCAAACGACUCAUUCUUAGUUGGGUAGUCCACUAGUUCGAGUAGAGAAGACGUUGUUAUACGUUAUGUAGUGCACAUAUAUAGGGAAUAGCGAGUAAUUUGGUAUCAGACAGAGAGAAAUAACAGCUAGCUAGUGGCUCUCAUUGAUUUUUAUAAAUCUGGCUGGUUAGUCGAAUAAGAGAAAAAUGGCACAUGCCAAUGCGAGUGGUUAAAACAAAUCAUCUGUGUGGGUUUAUUUGAAAUAAUUUGCAAUCGUUUAUUUUUCAUUUAGUUAAUGUCUCUAAACUGGGUAUUGUUCUCGUGGGUUGUUUACGCCCCGUUGGUGCUAGCUGCUACAGUCAGCAAGCUUUAGCUAGCAAAAAACAUGCCAUUUCUUUUCAUCUAAAUGCUUUUCAGUAAACUACAAAUGCAAAGACUUUAUAAAUAACGAGAAUUAAUGUUGACCUCUUAACAGGACGCUUUAUUUGCAGCCUAAAAUGUGCAUCAUGCAAAACAACUGUAAUGGCUUUUAAGGAGUGACUCUGAGCAGAACUGCAGUUUUGGACUAUCAGCAAUUUAACUGGAUCUCUGAGAUGGAGUCGUUUUCUCCACCUGACUGUGAGAUCGUAUCAGCUGUUUUGAAUGAAACUUGCAUUUGAGCUUAAAAGAAAAGUCCAUGCUUGGAUGGCUUUCAUAACUACUUUUAAUAACGAACACAGGAUGUUUACAUUUAUGGCAUUUGGCAGAUGCCCGUAUCCAGUUUUAUACAACUGAGCAGUUGAUGGUUAAGGGCCCAACAAUGGUGGCUUGGCGGUGCUGGGGUUAGAACUCAAAACCUUCCUAUCAGUAGCCCAACUUCUUAACCACUGAGCUUUUCUGCAUUACCUGCAAUGCCGUUGUACUCUCUGUUAAUAGAUUCAUCUCUACCUGAAGAGUGAUGCAGCAGUGCUUUAGUCUGUCCAGCUCUGUCACAUGCUCAUUCUGAAGCACAUACUUUCAUGCUAACACUAUCAACACCACGCGCUCGUCAUCUCCUCUCAUGGUCACCUUGGUGAUCUAGCUGAGCUGAAUCUCUGCCGUAAGUCAAAGCAAAAUUCUGUCGUGUAGCUGGGUUGCAUUUUGUAACCCGGAGUCUCACGUUUGGAUCGAGCUGUUGCUGGAAACCGGUGAGUGAAGUUGUUAUUGGAGGUAACCGUGAAACAUGACCUUUUAUAUUAUACCUCAUAUUCAAUAUCGCUGAAUUUUGUUCUCCUGUUAAACGCUAUCAUAACUGUGCCCAGCGGUGUCCCUUUGUGACGUCAGAGUGUCAGAAACCUGAUAACUUCUCACAGGAAUAAUGAGUGUGGCACCGACCGGCACAUUAGCAUCAGAAUCACUAACCAUGUGAUUUAUUUCUACAUAAACAUAUUUGAUGUGUUUCAAAGUGGAGUUUUCCUUUAACUUCCACUCGGGGCUCUCCGGACUCUCGCUCGCUGGAAACCGUAAUGCAAUUUUUUUUAUUGCGUCUGAUGCACAGUUCGGUUCACUGGGGAUUACGCUGUGAUCAUCCAGGUCUGUCUGGCGCUAUAACAUCUUGGCAUGUUAAGCCUCCUGAAUGGAAACUGAGACUCUCUAAAAUGUGCGUCUGCAAACGGUGUUAAAUGACUGAAUAGCUCAAAUAGGUGAAUUUUGGAUUUUCAUGCUGAAUGCAUGUAAGUGUUUAGAGCAAUGUAAAAAAAAAUGUCCUUAUCUUUAGGUGAACUUUAAUAUAAGGCAGUCUGUACUGAUGUAGUUAACCUAUUUGGUGUCGUGGCUGGGUGAUAUUUUGUUGAAUUUGCUGUAUGAGUAUCAUGAGUUGUCUACUCAGUGCAUGUCGCUUUAUUUUUACUCGCUGAAUGAAGCCGUGGAUCAGUGUUAAAAUCUGUUUUUUGUACUAAUUUGACUUGUAAAUACUGGAUAAAACAGAUCUCUGAGCUUUGGUUUGUCAUAAUAUGGCUCCACUAUAUUGUUGGUGCUUUGUUACCAAAUUCUCAGCAAAACUAAAUAUUGUGCAUGGUCAGAAUGGCUUCAGUGCUGCUUGUUUGAGAAUUUCUCCUAGAUGUACACUACUGGUCAAACGUUUAGACACUCGACUGAAAUGUUUCUCGUGAUCUUAAACCUUUUGAUUUGAAGGUGUAUGAUUUGAAUGUUUGAAAUCUGUGUCGUAGACAGAAAUAUCAUUGUGCCUACAUGUUCAUUUCUUUCAUUAGAAAACUAACAUCUUAUUUACAAAAAUAUUGAGGGUUUUUUUUUUCUUCCUUUUUUUUAAAAAGCGAAAUAUUCCGAACAAGUAGUCGAUAAGCAUCCAGUGUAGGUGGGAACUCCUUUUAAUACUGUUUAAAAGGCAUCUCGGGGCGGGGGGGGAUUCCUCAAGAAAUCGAGUGAGAAAAUGCCAAGAAUACAUUUCUGGAAAUUCUCUGCGAAAAGGAUGUCUACUUUGAAGAUGGUAAAAUAUUUAAAAAAAAAAAAAUAAAUUUUUUUUUUUUUUUUUUUUUUUUAAUGACAGCAUAAUUCCUAUAGUUCCAGUUGUUAUUCCAGAGUUUUGAUCACUUUAUUAUAAUUAUUCUAAAAGAGUGAGUGUGUUUUAAACUUUUGACCAGUAGUGUAGUGUUGAUACUGGACACACUUUCCGGUUCACUUUCUAGCAGUACACUGGCAGACAUUUUCAAUCAGUAUAAACAAAUGAAUUUUCUUUGUGUUUUAUAUUUUAUUUUAUUGCUGCAAGUCUGUUAUAAGAUUCGUCAGGACACUGUUGGGUUUCUGUUUGUAGAGUAUUGUGGCUAAUUGCUGGAGAGCAGGGAAAUGGGAGAGGUGUGAACCACCUGCUAGGCGAACAGUUCACCCCUCUCCACAAUGACAUUGGUACAGAGAUAAUACAGACAGCACAAGGGUACGUUUACACGAAGAACAUGUACUAAAAACAGAAAAGGGUUUUUCUUUUGUGUUUUUCAAAAGUUUUGCGUACAGAUGACAAUGUUGUCAAAAACGAUCCCCGUUCACACUGAUCUGUGAAAACGACUAAAAACGCCUAAAAACGCCAUAUUAUGCAGGCUUUUGACGUGCGGAAGUUUUCUUUCCAUUUACGCUUGUCAAUGCUUUGAUAAUUUUCCCACCAGGUGCUUGUCCUCCCAGGUCUUACCCAAAUGCACCUUUUGUAUACCCUUUGUCGGUGUACAUGUGGGUUAAUAAUUUGCUGUAUGGAGCAAGUGGAUACAAGUUGUGUCCUGUGUUCAGAGGGUGUGAUGCAGUCUGACGUAAAGUUGUUACUGUUACCUCCUGAAGUUGAUUUUAUUUUCCAAUAAUCGCACGUCCUGAAGCGUUUGACUCCUCUCUUGCUACAACAAGCAAUUUGGCAACUUCUUAAAAAUGUAUUACUUAUGAAUGACACACCAUAUUUUAUCUGCUCAUAGUUACAUUUAAUGUUGUGGAACGUCCACAAGUCAAGUUAGUCACCAGUCACUUUUUCUCUUUCUUUUUUGGUCAAAAAAAAAAAAAGCUGUUUGUUACUGAUAAACGACAAAGUGCAAACUCCUCUGUCCUGAGGACUUUAUUACCAUGGUGGAAAACAUUUCCUUCUGCCUCGCACUGGAGACUCCUUCUAUAAAUGUAAUUUGUCACUAUAGACGCAAUAAUGUAUUAGAAUGAGCACAUGUUAAAAUAAACCUGUGAUCUGAAGUACAGUCUGUGCUGCUGAUAUAGAAAAGUAAUCAACACCUUCAACAGCAGUGUGCUAUAAUGUGAUAAAUUAUGCCAUGAUAUGCUUUUUAAAAAAAAUUAAUUUUAUUUUUAAGACAUCACUGGUAGCUGAUUGGCCGUUUAUUGCUUAAUGGCCGUUUCAUUUCUACCCAUAUUGCAUGUAAUAAGCUAUUUUAUUUAUUUAGAUGUUAAACUGUAACAUUAUUAAAACUAGCUUUUCAGUUUUUAUUUAUUUAUUUUUAAAAAGUUUAGUUUUAGUAUUCGCCUCUAUUUUUAGUGAGGGGGGAAAAAUGUCGAGUGUCUAUUUGAGUCUGUUUAUGAUAAGAAUCAACAGGUGACAAUAUUUGCAUUUUCAGUAUCUCAUUUCAGUAAUCUUGGAACCAAUGACAACCCAUUGUCUUUUUUUUUUUUUUUUUUUUUUUUGUUUUGUUUUGUUUACACCAGUGGUGUUGGUACACAGAAAUACUCAUUGACUAGCUGGACUUCAAAUAUCUAGUGGUGUUUGCGAAUUAAAAAAAGCCAGUAAAGGUGCCUGUGUGUGCAGUGGUGCCUGGAGACGCGUCGGUGGGCGGCCCAGGAACCCUGACUGCAGGCAGAGAGUGACAUCUGAAAGCCCCUCCCAUCCACCUUGGCCACGCCCUCUACACCACCACCACCAUGGCCAGGGAACAGCUCAACGUAGGUGAUCUGCUCCCCCUUUUGGAGACCUCUGAUCUCCAACAGCUUGAGGAAAUCAAGGGUCUCAUCAACGAACACCUCACUACAGAGCGAGGGUCGGUGCUCCUGAAUGGCUUGGUGGAUUAUUUCCUGGAGACCAACUCAAGUCCAGCACUGCACAUACUGUGUUCGGUGAGGGAGCCACAUGACAAGCACCUUUUUGAUAAGAUGAAUGAGUGUAUGGCUAAGGCAGCAUGUCGUCUGCCUACCCUCAACCUCCUGGGCCAUGUGGUGCGCAAACAGCCGUCCUGGAUUCACAAGAUCGCCCGCAACCCUCUGCUACUCUCGCUGCUCAAGUGUCUCAAGAUGGACACAGAUGUUGUGGUUCUCAUAACUGGAGUGUUGGUGCUUGUCACCCUUUUACCCAUGAUCCCUCAGGCAGGGAAGCAACAUCUGUAUGAGUUUUUUGAUGUUUUUGGACGUCUGGCUGCCUGGAACCUAAGGAACCCAGGCCACGUUUCAGAGGUGUUCCUGAUCCACUUGCAUGCCAGUGUCUACUCACUCUUCCACCGGCUGUACGGCAUGUACCCCUGCAACUUCAUCUCCUACCUGCGCUCUCAUUACAGCAUGAAGGAGCACAUGGACACGUUCGAGGAGGUGGUUAAGCCAAUGAUGGAACAUGUCCGCAUACACCCUGAAUUAGUGACUGGAACGAAGGACCAUGAGCUGGACCCUACCAGAUGGAAGAGGUUUGAGAUCCAUGACAUUGUGAUUGAAUGUGCCAAAGUGUCUCUGGACCCUCGGGAGGCGUCCUGUGAAGAGGGCUAUGCUACCCUGCCUGAGCACUUCUGUGCCAACCUGCACAUGCGUGCCCCUGAUUGCACUGCCAGUCCCUACACUGACCUGCACAACAGCUACGGAAGUUCAUCCUCCAAUCCUUUUUCCACACCGCGGCAGUCUGCCUUUCCUCCUCUGCCCCUGCCCUCUCUCUCAGGGACACAGUUGGCUCAUCGCAGUCCCCCCAGCACCGACCAGCCGAGCUCUACGUGUGAAUUUAAUUUCAUCUAUGGUGUUAAGGACACUCUCUGGAGCCCGUCUUCCCUCUGUGGGAUGGCCACCCCGCCUUCCUCAAGAGGAAUGUCACCGAACCCCGAGCUAUCUCAGAGUGCCUUUCACUUACCUGGUCGCUUUUACAGCACACCAGGAGGUGGUAAAGGAACCCCUUGUUCCAGCACUCCAGCAACAUCGUCUCCUCCUCCCAGCCUCUCGGACGAGCUAUCUUCUGCCUCCUUAACCUACAGUACACCUAGCCUGCAGUGGAAGGAUGGUAGACUUGUAGACCCCACCAAACCUCCCCUGCUGAGGCAGGAGCAAAUCAGAGAUCUUGAGAAAUCAGGGGGUGACGUGACCAAUCACAGAGAUGGUGGGGCUAAGAACAUGUCCAUGACACUGACGGAGUUAUCUGUCUACAUGAAUGAGCAGGAGCCACUGCGGUUGGGCAAGGAGAGGGAGGAGGCUGCUAUCACAGAGGAGCUGAUGAAGCUGACCGAGGAGAAGCGCGACACAUCUGGCGCACGUGGCUCAGACUCGCCCUUCUUCCACACCACAGAGACUCUCACUGGUGCCCAAGAGAAGCCCCCACCAGCAAUUAUCCACCACCGUGACCCCCACCAUGCUGUUUCCACGCCUGAUAAGAUCGACAUGCGGGCCUGGUGCAAAGGUCCAGUCAGCCGUACUGCGUCCCUGGAGCAAUCGUGGUCCUUCCAGCCGCUCUUCACCCCAAUAGAACUACGGCACCACAGCCCCAGCGCAGAAGAAGAAGCUCUGAAAAAUACACCACACUCGCCCAGCCCGGGCACUGCACCCUCAUCACUGCCUUACGAGGCUCUCUUUGACCUGGCACUGCCCCGCGCCACUUCCUUGUUCAUGAACCGCAGGAGCUCAGAGGCACUGGAGAGAGUGGCGAUGCAAGGCAUGGUGGAUGAAGGUCAUGGAGUGACAUCAGCAUCUCCUCUAGAGGUGCUUGAUCGCCUGGUGCAGCAAGGCAAAGAUUCUCAUGACAGGGCGCUGAAGAGAUUGCCUCUGCCAAGCAAGUCAGCUGACUGGACUCACUUUGGAGGCUCUGCACCUCUGGAUGAACUGCAGACGCUGCGCAGUCAGCUGCUGUUGCUACAUAACCAGCUGCUGUAUGAGCGUUAUAAGCGUGAGCAGCAUGCUGUGCGAAACCGCCGCCUGCUGCGCAGAAUCAUCAAUGCCACCGCACUGGAGGAACAGAAUAACGCAAUGAAGGAUCAGCUGAACCUGCACUGCGUGGAUAUCACGUCUCUGCGUGAGAGCCUAAACAUGGAACAGCAGCGCUACAGGCAGCUCUGGGAUGAACGGGAGACUGUGGUAACGAGCCUGCACGGUCAGGUCCGCCAACUUCAGCGUGAUCGCGAUGACUACUACACCAAAUACCAGGAGUUGCAAAGUAAGAUGCAGGAGUGCAAGAAGAGGAUGGGGGAAAUGGAGGCUGAGCUCCAGAAGGCGAAUAACAGGGUGUGUCAUACGGGGCACCAGCUGAAUCAGCUCACUGCCAAGUUGUCCACGAGCGAGAGCACACAGCAGCAGUUGAGCUUCAUGAGCAGACAGUUGCUGCUGUUGGGGGAAGCCCAUAAACUGUGUGUGCAAGAGCUUCAACAAGCAGGCCCAGACCUCAGCAAGGAGGUGCAGAUGGUGCAGGUGUCCUCGCUGAAGGAGGUGGAGCGGCUGAAGCAGAAUCUGCUACUACAGUGCCAGAAGCUGGAUGCGGCACAGCAGAGAGUGGCUGAGCUGGAGACGCAACUGUCCAAGAAAGAGCACCUCAUCGCAGAGCAGAAGAAGUUCCUGGAGGAUGUUAAGGGACAGGCUAAGGAGGAGCUAAAGGCUUCUGAAAGUAGGUACCAAGCACAGAGGCGUGUGACUCAGGCCCUGCAGAUGGAGCUGUUGCAGGUCUACAGCAGGCUGGAGAUGGAGGCUCCCGUUGCCACCGCUGCAGCUUCAUCAGCAGCAGAUGCCGCAGAGCGCUGCUGUUCCACACAGACCAGUGUGGUGGCAUCAGGUAGACCAAUGAAAACAGCCUCUAAAGAGUGUGGUAAGUCAUCACCGCAUAGGAACGGCUUCUCAUCGAGUCAAGCCAAAGCCGGCUCCACUGCCCCGAUGUCUAAAUCCUUAACCGGCAGCCGAGAAACACCCCCACCCAUGCUGGUGGAACCGCCCCCUGCAUGCCCUGUGGUGCCCUCUAACACCCCCUCCCUCACCGUCGGCUCCUACCCCAGUGCCAAGAGCUUCCUGGGCAUGCGGGCACGGGAACUCUUCCGCAACAAGAGCGAGAGUCAGUGUGAUGAUUACACUCCCCGCCCACAGCUCACCGGUCUAUCACAAGGCCUGAAGACUGAGCUCUGUGUGGAGUCUUCAGUAAAGACUACCGUAAAGACAGGCCCUGCCUCCAGCAUGGCUGCUAAAGAGCCUGAUGUCUUACAGAGAGCAUCAAAACGGGAAACAGGAUGGCCCAUACAGCAACAGCUACAUAUCAUGGACUAUAAUGAAACUCAUCAGGAGCACAGCUAGAGAGAGGAAAGCUAGUAGAUGAAGGAAGCUGCAAACUGACAUCAGAUUACGCAGGACUCUUUUUGAUUUCAGUGUUCAUCCCGUUUCUUCAAGUGGACAACAGGAUUUGGAACUUUAAGCUCGUGUUUCUCGUCUCCAAACUGGAUUGGGACCCGAACUCAAGUGUCUUCCUGUGUGGAGAUAAAACCUGUCUUCAUUUUCUCCCUCGUUUUCAGUCUUGCAUCAAACGACCAGUAUCAUUAAUGAGUGCCAGUCCGUAGUGCAGCGUCGAGUGGAGUGAUUUUGGGGUUACGAGUGCCUCCACAGUGGGAUGGUGAGGAGAACGAUUGGCCUUCUUGUGUCAAGGAGGAGCAAGUGUGUUCUUGACCCCUUAAAGAACUUGCCCAGAAACCAGCUGAAAUCAUGCAUAUCGCAUGUGUGAAAGAAGGAGAGAAAUACGAAGUUUUUUUUAAACCUUUUUUUUUUAUUACUAGAGUUUUAAAAUUAUUUAUUUUUUCUUUUUUCUCUAUGAUGUAUUAACAUCCAUGAAAAGCGAGAAAUGAAGCCCACAAAUUUUAACAAGUUAAAAGCAAUGCCAUUUCAGCCAAGACCGUACCCAUAUGUCUUAGUGUCAUGUAGAGCUUUUCCACAACACAGCAAGGUAAAUUAACCAAGUGUCAACUUUACAUUGUGAAGUACCCAUGCUGAAUAGUUACCCUUCUUGCCCAGAUACCAUUUGUUUCGAGACCCCUGAUUGGCCUGAACAGAACUGGUCACAGAAUUUUCCUGAUAAUGUGUCUAUAGUCACUUUCCAAUAGCCAAAUUCUCUUUCUCUCCUUUUUUUUUUUUUUUUUUUUUUUUUUUUUUUUUUUUUUUUUUAAAACAUUUUUUAAAAUCAAUUUAGGAUCUGUUAUGUCACUAUGUCUGCCCACUACACAGUGUACAAAACAAUGAUGUCAUGCACUCCAUGCACAAAAGGGAGCCAUUUGAGAUUUUGCCAUAGAAAAUGUAUUACUCCUUGCAACAUCUGAUAACAUUUGCACACAACAUGCUCUUUUUUAUUUUUUAUUUUUUUUUUUUAUUUUUUUUUUUUAAACAUGAUAAUUUUGGCACACUUGGCUUUGUUUGGGUGGCCCAUUACAAUAUCUUAUCUUAUACACAGUUUUGAGGGAGACAAGUGACCUUGCAACACAUCUUGACGACAAAUGAGAUACCAGAAAGUGAAUGUGAAUUUUAAUUAGUUUUUUUUUUAUUGAACGGUACCAAUCGCCCGAACCUGCAAAAUAUCUUGUACACAUGGUUAAUGUCAUGUGAGCUAAAACCAACACCGGUAUUCAGCCAGGAUGUGGAUAGUACUACGUUGGAAUUUGGUGCUGAGACAAGCUGUUGUGUGGGAAAUCUCUAAUAUUAACCAACCAUGAAGGCAUUUACAUGGAUCUCUUAUUUUUACAACUAAAAAACCAGGUUUGGGAACAUUAUCAGGCCUUGAUAUGUGGUGGAAAAUGAACAACUUCAACAGUAUAGGUAUAUUAACAUUUCAAUAACAUGGUUUACAGUUCAGUCAGAACCUCUCUGGUUUAUAAUUCAGAAAUCCAGGCAAACUGCUGAGCCCAGUGUGUAUUCCCAGUGUACACUGAGCCCAGUGUAUACUUUGGUAUUCCUUGUUUUUGGUUAAGUCUCGAAUUUUAUUGAUGUUUUCAGAUUUAAAAUGCUGGUGGCAAAAAUAUCAUCUUGCUCACGUAUAGUUUAAGAUGUUCUCACGAUGCACAAAAUUAUUAAAAUUAUUUUAUUAUUAGUAUUAAAUUAUUUAGGUUUGCUUUAAAAAAAAAAAAAAAAAAAAGUGCCAGCAAAACUAGUAGUGCCAGGUUUGUUUACGCUUCAGGUUUAAUUGCUUUUUUUAUUUCAAUGAAUGUCUGCAAAGAUCAGUAAUUCGGCAAAGAAAAGGAGAUAAAUUUGAACAUCCAGUCAAUGGAAUAAAACAAACAAAACAAAUAUCAAUAUUACCCGUGAUGUACAGAAAAGUGGAAUGUAAUUUAUCACAGUAUUAAUGUCAGUGUUGCCCACAUCCAAACGGAACUAAUCAAGUUAUUUUCUUUCAACUCAAAUCAGUUUUGCCAAAGCAAAUACACUAAUACUGACACAGGCAAAUGCUGUUUCACUCAGUAUACCUAUUUCAUAUGUUUACUGUAAAUUCCCCCCCCCCCCCCUUUCCCUUUGCACCACACAUUAUGCCACACUGGUAUUUUAGUGCACUAGGAAGGUGUGUUAUGGUGUUAUGUUUCCUUUAAGGUUUAGUAUUCUCUGUAUUUUCAUAUCAUAUUCAGAUUUUAUUGAAGGUGCACAAGAUGUACAUGAGUUCAAUUAGACAUGUGCCAAGUAAGGGAUAAAACACUUGGGGGUAUGAUGUAAAAUAAUGCCUAUAACAGCAUGUUCCCAGUUAACACUUUUUUUUAUUUAUUUUUUUAUAAAUACUACAGCAAUUUGCCAACUGUUUUUCUUAAUUAGUAAACACAUUGUAAUUUUAGUUCUAGUUAAAUUUAAUGUUGUGGAACGUCCACAAAAAAGUUAGUUCCUGUUCUCACCUACGUUAUAGUAACUGUUACUGUCGGUGAUACUGGAGGCUUCUUUCGCUUUUUUUUUUUUUUUUUUUUUUUUUUUUUUUUUUUUUUUUUUUUUUGCUGUGGUUUCUUUUUUCAGUCUCUCCUUUCUUUUCUGUUCCUGUCUUUCUUUCUUUUAUUAAAAAUCCUUCUCUUGUACCUUUUUUUUUUUUUUUUUUUUUUUUUUUUUUUUUUUUUUUUUUUAAAAAUCAGUUUAUUAUUAGUCUCGGAUUGUGUGGAGUGUCUGUUAUAAACCAGUUGGAACUACAGCUAGAGCUGCUGUUACAUAAAAUUAAUCAACACCUUCUGACCAAUCAGAUUUGAGAAUUCAAGAGUGCAAUUUUACAGUGAUAAUCAUUAAUUUUAUCAGCCCCUAUGCUAUCAAGAUAAAGGCCUGAGUAAGUGAUGGCAUUGAUGUUGGUUUCGGUCUUGCCCAGAAACAAUGGAACACGGGUAUUGACGAUAUUUUAAGGUAUCCAUGAAAAGUGUGUUGAAUUAUCGGAACAUGCCUACUUUCAAUUUCUGUCUCAUCCAGUAUGAAUGAAUGGAUGGUCUUGUCUUUUUUUUUUUUUUUUAAUUUUUUUUUUUUAUUGGAAGUUUGCUAAAUCAAUAAUGGCUACAGCAGUCACGAAGGCAUGGGACAGCACACGGACGUGCUCUAACACUGGGCACGAGGUCACAUCUGAAAGUGCUGGUAUUUGCUGUAGUAAUGACAUGAUGGUAGACUUUGUGUCUCUGUUUGAACUGCAGAAAUCCUGUUGUCCUCUUGACAUCUGCUGUCAUCCCUUCUGCCUUGCUAUCUACAGCAUGUACAACUUUAAUGCCAACAGGAAGUGACACGGUGAAAUGGACGGUACAAUCAGUGAGCUGAAUGGAGCAGGCCAGUUGGACCUCCUGUAUUGGAAGAGGAAGUUCAUAAAGCAUUUGCUUAUGUUGACUGUGAAGGAUAAAUAAAAUCAUGUUUUGCACUAUAGCAUGUGGACUUGGUUUUUGUAAUGUGUAUUGAUUGGAUUUUUACAACAGUAUAGGUUUUUAAUACUACUUUGGGUUUUUUUUGGUGGUUUUUUUUUUUUCUUCUUGCUUUUGGUUCCCCCCAAGUAUUUUCUGUUUUUCUUGUCUUUCCCUUCAGUUUCCACUUCCAUUCCCUUCAUUCCUUCUGUUGCCAGUUCCAUUCCCUUUUCCUCCCUUCAUCCCCUUUUUCUUUCCGAUUCUCUCCUUCUCCCCAUCAUUAUUACAGCCACUGGUGAAAUUUGUGUUUUUAUGAAUGCUUGAAACCACUUUAGCCAUUCUGCAACACUUUCAUGCACAUCCAUCUGUAUUCUAGCUCAGAAUAGUGUGUGCGGCAUCGUGACCACCAGAGGGCGCUGUUGCACUGCUGCACCACAAACAAACUGAUUCUUGUUUUCCUGCCAGAAGGUGAAGUAAACGCCACCUACCAGAGCACAAAUGAUGUCAGAUUCGCUACAGAGUUUAAACGUGUCGUUUUCUGUUUAGAUCUGUUAAUGGCGCGGUUUAUUUAAACAGUGCAACAGGAAAACUCAGAUACUGCUUUUUGGCCACUGGGUUGCUACAUGGAUCCAUUUAAAGUUAUUGAAAGUGAAGACUUAAAAUUCUUCAAGUCUAAUACAAUAUAUGAGGUGAUUAUGUAUGUUUUCUAAAAGAGAAGCUGAACGAAUUCGCUAUGUUUUCUCAAAGAGGAAGAAGCUGAGGUGAUUAGCUGUGUAAUCUUAAAAAAAAAAAAUGGAGCUGAGAUGAUUAGCCAUGUUUUCUUUCAAAAUAAGAGAGUAUUAGCUAGGGUUCCGUUUAAAAAAAAAAAGUGUUUAGCUGAUUUCUUAAAGAAAAAAGUAAGGAAGAAGCUGAGGCGAUUAGCUGUUUUCUAAACAAAAAGAAACAAUGGAGCUGAUUAGCUACGUUUUCUUAAAAAAAAGGUGAGCUAAAAAAAAUAGAAAAAGAAGCAGAGGUGAUUGUUUUCUGAAAAGAAGCUCUGGUGAUUAGCUGUUUGCUGGGAAAAAUAGCUAAGGUGAUUAGCUAUGCUUUCUAGAAAAGAUACUGAGGUGAUUAUGCUUUUUUUUAAAAAAGAUAGAUACUGAGGUGAUUAGCUAUGCUUUCUAGAAAAACACUGAGGUGAUUAGCUAUGCUUUCUAGAAAAACAUACUGAGGUGAUUAGCUAUGCUUUCUAGAAAAGAUACUGAGGUGAUUAGCUAUGCUUUCUAGAAAAACAUACUGAGGUGAUUAGCUAUGCUUUCUAGAAAAACAUACUGAGGUGAUUAGCUAUGCUUUCUAGAAAAACAUACUGAGGUGAUUAGCUAUGCUUUCUAGAAAAACAUACUGAGGUGAUUAGCUAUGCUUUCUUUAAAAAAGAUACUGAGGUGAUUAGCUAUACUUUCUUUAAAAAAGAUACUGAGGUGAUUAGCUAUACUUUCUUAAAAAAAGAUACUGAGGUGAUUAGCUAUGCUUAAAAUUUUUUUUAAAGAAAGUUGUGGUUAUUAGGAUGCUAUUUAAAAAACAUGCUCAGAAUUUCUACAUUUUUGAUUCGUCUGUUUUUGGGCUUGAACCUCUCAACCCCUUGAGAUAAUGUGAUAUUUAAGUGCCUACAUUUUUUUUUUUUUUUUUUUUACUUCAGUAGUGCAAUUUCUCCCUACAAUCUCUACAACUGAUUUUUUAUUUACUUGAUAAAAUUUAUUUUUUAUUUGUAUAAAAUCCACAUCUGCAGGUUUCUUUUGUGUUUCAUUUUGGGAGCUUUUGUUAUUUUCACAUUCUGAGCAGCUCUGUUAGAUUGUCUAUAAGGCGAUCUAUAUCUCAGAAAGGAAACCUCAUCUGUGUAUAAUCGAGCGAGUGUGAUUGCUUUUUCAAACAUGAGCGUAUGUAUCUCCUGACUGAGUCAAAAACUCUCAUGAUUAAUUGACCGCUGCCCAGAGGGUCAGGGAGCCUGAUGUGCGAUAAUUGGACGCACAGGGAAUCCGCAGCAAUUUGUGUUUUUCUGAGUCUACUUGAGAAAUUAGAUGUCGGUGCAAAUCUGAAAUUGCUCCUCGAUGUUCUCAAAGAGUGCAUGAAAUUUUAAACAUAAAUCUUAAGUAUUCAGUGCAAAGGGAUUUCUUUCCUUUCUUGCUGCACUCUUUACCAAACUUGAGAUGGAGCCCUGUGAAAUUGUCAGGACAAACAGAGCCCUGUGCGAAGUUAGAACAUAGCUCCCAAAGAGGGUUUGAGGCUUUUAAAAAAAAAAAUCUCUCUUGAAAUAGGAAUAGUCAGUAGAGUUGGCUAUAUCAAACACUUUUAAUUCAAUAAAAAAUUUUUUUAAAUUAAAGGCAUAUAUAACGGAUAAUCAAAGAAGAUGAAGAACGGCAGCAGCACAGAAUUCUUGAUUUUUUUAUUUGUAUUUUUUCUAUUGUUUUAUGUUUUUUGUCUAAUUAAUUAAUUCCUGCUUUGCUGUCAGAUUGUGCCCCCUUAAAAUUUUGUUUUUCUCUUUUUUUUUUUUUUCUUUUUUUCUCUCCCUCUCUGGCUUUAAUAUUCCACAGAAACUGUACUGUAUGCAUAUUGCAUAAAAACACAGUUAAGAGCUAGAUCAUUGUUUUUCCAUUAAAAAAAAGGAAAGUGCAAAAGUUUGCAACCCUUAGAACAAAAUUAGGACAAAUUUUAUUUAGCACCGAGAAAUUCAUUCUUCAUCGUCCUCCUCAAGUAGCUAAAUGGUAAAAUGUUGUAUGUUAAUAUAUUAAUAGUCGAUUAAAAAAGUUAUCAGUGUAAAAGUUUACACCCCCACUUUCUGAAUUUGUGAGAAAUAUCAUUCAUAAUUAUUCUAAUUACAUGUAUGUUCACCUUCAACCGUUAUAUCAACCCCCAUCUGCUUUUGUAGCCUCAGAACAGCUUUCAGGUCCCUUCAAAUAUAAUAUUCAACCUCCUUAACAACACCACACAAAUAUUCUUCUUGAAAUCUUUGUUCUAACUCUGGCUGACCUUUAAAGCAAGUCUGGAGACUGAGAGGAUCAUGGGAACACUUGUAAAGUUUCCGUCAUGGAUUUCUAAUUAUAGUUGUAGAUAAAUUGUAAAAUAGAGAUAACAUUUAACUUUUUCUAUUCAAAAAAACUAUGGGAGAUGCAAACUUUUGCACUCAGCUGUUUGUGGGAGAAAAUGUAUAAUGCUGAUAUAUUAAUGCAUGUCAAUAAUCAGAUAUAUUUCAACAGUUUUAUAUUUCCGAAAGCAUAAAUUGUAAUUUGCAUGCUGAAUCGGUGGCCUAAUCAGAUCAUCUUUUGACUAAAUGAGGCUGAUUAGUCAGAAUAUAAAACUUUCUUGUAAAAAAUAAUAUCGUAGUGAUGAUAGAUCUCCGACUGGUUGAAAAUGUCUUGAAAUGUAUAUAAAUAUAAUUUUAAUAGCAUUCAAUGGUGUCUGUCGGUAGGCUUUAGGUCCAAGAAAGCUUUAUAAAUGCUCGUAUUUAUUCCACAUAGAGGGAAGAUGCGUAGCAAAAAUCUGUUUUGGUGAGCAUACUUCAUGCUGACACUCUGAAAAACGACUUCAUUUGUUCUCAUUAAAAGCUUAAGAGUCCAUGAAUAAAUAAUAAUAAAAAAAAGUGGAUACUUUCCCCCCAUUUUGU